AUGACCCGCCAAGUCCUGCUCUUCACAGCCUUGGCCUUAUGUCAUGGGUUCAACCUGGACACUGAAAACCCAGUGGUCUUUCGAGGGAAUGCCAGGAGCUUCGGGCAGAGUGUGGUCCAGCUUGAGGGAUCCCGGGUGGUGGUGGGCGCCCCCCAGGAGGUGAAGACGGCCAACCAGACGGGAGGCCUGUACCAGUGUGACUACAGCACGGCCGCCUGUGAGCCCAUCCAGCUGCAGGUGCCCCCGGAGGCGGUGAACAUGUCCUUGGGUCUGUCUCUGGCAUUUGCCACCAACCCUUUCCGGCUGCUGGCCUGCGGCCCCACCCUGCACCAGAUGUGCCAGGAGAACACCUACCUGAACGGCUUGUGCUUCCUGUUUGGAUCCAACCUGCAGCAGCCGCCCCAGCGGUUCCCCAGGGCCCUGCGAGAGUGCCCCCAGCAGGAGAGUGACAUUGCCUUCUUGAUUGAUGGCUCUGGCAGCAUCAAGACAGAUGAUUUUCAGCGGAUGAAGGAGUUCGUCUCAACUGUGAUGAAUCAGUUCACAAAGUCCAACACCUUGUUCUCUUUGAUGCAGUUCUCUAAUGCGUUCAGGACGCACUUCACCUUUAAAGAUUUCAAGGCUAACCCGAACCCGAAUCUACUGGUGAGGCCAAUCAGACAGCUGGACGGGACGACACACACGGCCACGGGAAUCCGCAAAGUGGUAAGAGAACUGUUUGUCCGCAGCAGCGGCGCCCGGGAGAACGCCCUUAAGAUCCUCGUGGUCAUCACAGACGGAGAGAAGUAUGAGGACCCCUUGGAGUACCAGGAUGUCAUCCUGGAGGCGGACAGGGCGGGCAUCAUUCGCUAUGUCGUCGGGGUGGGCAAUGCCUUCGACAACAAGAAGAACCGCGAGGAGCUGGACACCAUUGCGUCCAAGCCGUCUCGCGACCACGUGUUCCAGGUGACCAACUUCGAGGCGCUGAAGACCAUUCAGGACCAGCUGCAGGAGAAGAUCUUUGCGAUCGAGGGCACACAGACAGGAAGUAGCAGCUCCUUCGAGUAUGAGAUGUCUCAGGAAGGCUUCAGUGCUUCCAUAACCUCCAAUGGUCUCUUGCUGGGUGCUGUGGGCAGUUUUGACUGGGCUGGUGGAUCCUUUCUGCAUAUGUCACAGGAUAGAGUCACCUUCAUCAACAUGACCAGGGCAGAUUCAGACAUGAACGAUGCUUACUUGGGCUAUGCUGCCGAAGUCAUCUCGCGGGGCCGGGUGCAAACCCUGGCCUUGGGGGCUCCUCGAUAUCAGCACACCGGCCGGGUGGUGAUGUUCAGACAGAGCGCUGGUGCCUGGGAGCUCAACGGGGCUGUCGAGGGCAGCCAGAUUGGCUCCUACUUCGGGGCCUCCCUCUGCUCCGUGGACGUGGACAGAGAUGGCAGCUCCGACCUGGUCCUCGUCGGGGCUCCCCACUACUACGAGCCGACCCGGGGGGGCCGGGUGUCAGUGUGCCCCUUGCCCCGGGGGAGGGCCAGGUGGCAGUGCCAGGCGGUGCUCCGCGGGGAGCAGGGCCACCCCUGGGGCCGCUUUGGGGCGGCCCUGACCGCGCUGGGGGACGUGAAUGGGGACAAGCUGGCGGACGUGGCCAUCGGGGCCCCGGGGGAGCAGGAGAACCGGGGAGCCGUGUACCUGUUCCACGGAACGCCGGGGCUGGGCAUCAGCCCCACCCACAGCCAGCGGAUCGCAGGCUCCCAGCUCUCCCCCACGCUCCAGUACUUCGGUCAGUCCCUGAGCGGGGGCCGGGACCUCACGAUGGAUGGCCUGAUGGACCUGGCUGUGGGGGCGCAGGGGCAGGCGCUGCUGCUCAGGUCCCAGCCGGUGCUGAGAGUUCAGGCGACCAUGAUCUUCACGCCCAGGGAGUUGGCGAGGAGUGUGUUUGAGUGUCGGGAAAACGUGGUGAGAGGCCUGACUGCGGGGGAGGUCAGCGUCUGCCUCCGCGUACAGAAGGGCACGGGGGACCGGCUGCCACCAGGAGAGAUCCGGGGCUCCGUCCUCUACGACCUGGCGCUGGACUCCACGCGCCCGCGGCCCCGCGCCGUCUUCGAGGAGACGAGGAACAGCACGCGCCGGCGGACGCGGGUCUUGGGGCUGAGCCAGACGUGCGAGACCCUGAGGCUGCAGUUACCGGAGUGUGUGGAGGACUCCGUGAGCCCCGUUGUCCUGCGCCUCAACUUCUCCCUGGAGGGGCAGCCCCUGUCCUCCUACGGGAACCUGCGGCCCGUGCUGGCCGUGGACGCUCAGACCCUCUUCACGGCCUCGCUUCCCUUUGAGAAGAACUGUGGCAACGACAGCGUGUGCCAGGACGCCCUCAGCAUCAGCCUCAGUUUCACCAACCUGCACACCCUGGUGGUGGGCGGUGCCCGGAACUUCAACCUGACGGUGACGGUGAGGAACCAGGGCGAGGACUCCUACGGCACGCGGGUCGCCUUCUUCUACCCGCCCGGCUUGUCCUACCGGAGGGUGUCCGGGGUCCAGUCCCGGCACUCCUGGCGGUCCUGGCGUAUCAACUGCGAGUCCGACCCCUUCACCCAAGCCAGGGCCCUGCACAGCGGCAGCUGCACCAUAAACCAGCCCAUCUUCCCCGGCAACUCAGAGGUCACCUUUAACAUCACGUUGGACGUGGACUCUGAUGCCUCCCUGGGAGACAGACUGCUGCUCACGGCCAACGUGACCAGUGAGAACAACUCACCGAGAACCAACCAGUUGGAGGCCCAGCUGGCGCUGCCUGUGAAGUACGCCGUGUACAUGGUGGUGGCCAGCCGUGAGAGCUCCAUCAAAUUCCUCAGCUUCCCAGCUUCCACGAAGACCAGCCAGGUCAUAAGCCAUCAGUAUCAGUUCAACAACCUGGGCCAGAGGGGCCCCCGCGUCAGCGUGGUGCUCUGGAUCCCCAUCCGGCUGGACCAGGAGCCCGUGUGGGGCGACCCCGCCGCCAUCUUCUCCCCGGACCUGAACAGGACCUGCCGCCAGGAGGAGCGGGAGCCCCCAAGCUCCAGCUUCCGCGCUGAGCUGAGCAAGGCCCCGGUGCUGAACUGCUCAGUCGCCUGGUGCCUGCGCAUCCGGUGCGCCCUGGCCGAGCCCUUCGGCGGCCAGGAGGGGUUCAGCGUCAACCUCACGGGCAGCCUGUCCUUCGGCUGGUACAUCGAGACGCCGCACAAGCACCUGCAGGUGGUGAGCACCGCGGAGAUUCUGCUGGACGACCCGGGGUUUGUCCAGCUGCCUGGACAGGAGGCCCUCGUGAGGGCCCAGACAGAGACCAAGGUGGAGCCGUUUGUGGUGCACGACCCGGUGCCGCUCAUCGUGGGCAGCUCCGUGGGGGGGCUGGUGCUCCUCGCCCUCAUCACCGCAGCGAUGUACAAGCUCGGCUUCUUCAAGCGGCAGUACAAGGACCUGAUGAGCGAAGCCGCUCCUGAGGCCGCCCCGCCCCAGUAG